UAAAUUGACAUUUUGCCGUGAUUUUGUCAUACCCUGUAAAAUGUCAAAAUUUAUAAAAUAAUUUUGUAUGUUUGAUAAUGCAAGUGAAUCUAGACUUUAAAGUAUAAGUGAGUUACAAUUUGGAAUUCCGUGUUUUCACCGUCUAAAAACUAUAAUUAAAUUUUCAACGAUUUGUUAUGGUAUUAAAUAUAAUCGGACAGUGUUAAGGUACUUGAAAUGUGCAUAUGGUGGUAAUUAAUAAACAAAGUUGAAUCGCACAACAAAAUGGGGUGUGAUGGUCCUGAUCCACCAGAGAACAAUCCCCACGAGCUAGUCCCGCCUCCGAGGAAUGAAUUGAUAAUGAAUGGGAAUCAAGGAGAUGACAGCGAUGAAGAACAUGAGUACUUUGGCUAUGAACCUUUGGCGCAAGGUCCGGAACAAGCACUUUCAGACCAUGAAAGUGAAGAUGACCUAGAGAAUGCUGAGAGCCCUCCUGGUGAUGUGCCAAGUAUCGAAUCUAUGGAAAAUAUUCUUAGCAGAGAAGUUUGGAGUGCACCGAGACAUACAGAUGCUAUACAAAUGGAUAAUGAGAGAGCGCAACAGGUUAUGAGGGCCAUGGAGAACUUUGCUUUGCCCCAGGCUUCAAUACCAGAGUGGGCCCAGAGUAUCUCUGAAGAACAAUGGAAACAGACUCUAAAUGAACAAAUAGAAAAAUUGAAGAAUAAUCGAUAAAAAAUCAACAAUAGUUUAUUAAGAUAAAAAUGGUAACUAUGCAAUCAUUAUGAUGAUACAUAUGUAUAUGAAUAGCUAUAAAUAAAUGUAUAAUUCAAACACAGCUUAAA